GGCGGAAGUUCGGUCCGCCAGUCUGGCGCUCCGUCUGUCCGCGCCAUGGCGCCCGCCCGGGUCGUGCUUCCCCGGCUGCUCGGCGCGGGUGCCUGGCCCAAGUCGCUGUGGCUGGAUUUCCUCAGGAAGCCGACCCCUGAAGGGUCUAGGCUGAGCAGCAGGACGUUUGGAAGCGCCCCGGCCCCUGCUGUCAGCGAGCCCGAGGACUGCAGCGAUUUCAGUGACAGAAUUAUAAAGGAGCCCCUCAAGCAGCCCGACUUUUUCAACGUCAAGGAAUUAUUUUCUGUCAAAAGCCUCUUCGAUGCCCGAGUGCACCUGGGACACAAAGCAGGCUGCCGCCACAGGUUCAUGGAGCCAUACAUCUUUGGGAACCGCCUGGGCCAGGACAUCAUCGACCUGGAGCAGACAGCCACACACCUCCAGCUGGCCUUGAAUUUCACAGCCCACAUGGCCUAUCGCAAAGGGAUCAUCUUGUUUGUGAGCCGGAACCGGCAGUUCACACACCUGAUUGAGAACACGGCCCGCAGCUGUGGCGAGUACGCCCACACCCGCUACUUCAAGGGCGGCCUGCUCACCAAUGCUCCCUUGCUCUUUGGCCCCAGUGUCCGCCUGCCGGACCUCAUCGUCUUCCUCCACACGCUCAACAACGUCUUUGAGCCCCACGUGGCCGUGAGAGAUGCAGCCAAGAUGAACAUCCCCACUGUGGGCGUCGUGGACACCAACUGCAACCCCUGCCUCGUCACCUACCCCGUCCCCGGCAAUGACGACUCGCCGUCGUCCAUCCACCUCUUCUGCAGGCUCUUCCAGACGACCAUCAGCCGAGCCAAGGAGAAGAGGAGGCAGGUCGAGGCCCUGUAUCGACUGCAGGGCCUCCAGGCAGCCGAGAGCCGAGGCCCUGUGGACCCUCCCUCCCCAGGAACACGGACUGGGGUGCAGUCCCGUGAUGCCACUGCUCUCCACCUCCCAGAUACAGACAGCAGCCAGGCCAGUUCCUAAGCUGGGAGCCCCCUUCCCACCCACGGGUCCUGUAGCAUUCCCAGCCUUCUAGCCAUUUGAGACCCUGUUACUGGUACUGAUGCUCCCCUGUGUUCACAGAAUGUGUCCAUCCAGGCUCCACUUCAGACCCAGGGCUGCAUUUUCUCUGCAGACAGACUCAGUGGCUUGAGCAAAUUGGUGGCGCUGAGCCAGAUUUGGGAUUUGAAGCCUGCUCCCUGGAUGGCUGGCCGUCGGGCUGCUCAGUGUACAACACUCUGGUCCCCGCACUCAGCAUUCCUUCCCUAGCAGAUCAGGAAGGUCGUAGCUUCUACCAUGAGAUGACUCCUUUGUAUGCCAGGAAGUUUCUUAAAUACCAGUUUAGCUUUUAUUCUUAAAGUCUCCUUAAAUUGCUCUGCUCUCCUGGCUGAUGGUUGAGGGGAUGUUUUGUGAUGUGAUAUUGCAGGAUGAGCCACUAAGAAGCUCACUCGGGGCUGGGACAGAAGUAAAACUGUCAUUUGGAGUCAUUUGACUCUGAGCAUUGGGUUCUGCAGUGUGUGGUCUGCAUGGAUUUGCUUCAGUUGGGGUGGCGUUUAUCAGCCCUCCUUUCCAGGCCUGCUGGGUGGGCCCACUCCCUCAGCAGCCACAUUCUCCUGGCCUAUCUGAACAGCAGCCCGAGGUUAGGAGCCAAGGAGACAGCAACCCCAAUCUUUGAAACCUCGGUAGUAGCCCCUUCUCUACAGCCUGGGGGGCAGUGGCUCCACCUUUUCAAAGAGAAGAGGCAUCCCUGCCCCCAUGCUCCUUGCACUAGUUCUGCUGGUCUCUGCGCUGCCAAGGUCUCCUAGCAACGUGCUCCAUGGCCCAUAACGUAGAUGGGAGAGGCCAUGGUGCUGGGCAAGGCGACCAGGGCCAUCUCCAGGGCAACCUCCAGAGGAAAGGGCCUGAGUCCUGCAGUUACCGCUCUGAGCCCCUGGAAACCCAGAGUGGAGGGGACUGCAGCAGAGAAGGCCUCAGUUUCCUUUUCUGUGAAUUGAGGAGAGUAGAUGAACCCAGAGGGUUCCAAGGCACAGAGAAGUGUGCUGGCCUUGGUUCUCAUCAAUGGCCCACUGUGCUCUAAGCUUCUUGGAGAAUGCUUUCUGCUCCCUGGAGGUACUUCACGCUCAAUAAGCUUGGAGCCUGGGGGGUUGGGGUAGGACACUGCGUGACAGAGCACUGGACCGUGAGGCCAGGUCCAGGGUCAGGACUAGGCCUUGAUGGAGGCUUGGGUCCUCCUGAGGAAGUGGGGCCUGAGUAUUUGCCUGAAUGUGGGGAAGAUGCCUCCUGAGUGAGCUGGACACCACACGACCAAUGGAGGCAAAGGUAGGGCACGGGAGUCUCCUGAGGUCCCCCACAGCACCCAUGGACCUGCAGGUCCUGCUCCUUCACCCCCUGGGGUGGUUGCCUCUCCUGUCAGUCAUGCCGUCUGGGCUUUGCUGCAGCAGCUGGACCAGGGGACAGUCACCCCAAGGUCAUUCUGGCUGGCCCCCUGCCUCAAAGUUGCACCUCCUGAGAUUACCAUCCGUGCCCAUCUGAGCUGGUCAGAGGAGGGGUGGGAAUCACAUCCUCUUGUUUUAUUAAUUCAGUGGUGCCGCAAGUUCUCGCCCCGGGUCAGGUCUGGGUUAGGUCCUGGGUGGGAGCUGCCCCAGGUGCUCACAGUCUGGGGGAGAGGCACAAAAGCAUGAAGACAUGGGAAAGAAAAGAGCAUGUUCCAUAGAGAAAAUACAGCGGGGCGCAGUGAGAGAGGCCUGGGGCCACUGGGUGGGGGUCCAGAGGCCUCACUGAGGUGACAUUUCUGUGUGGACAGAAUGAGAAGACGGGCCAGCUCUGCACGAGUCAGGAGGCGGCCCAGUAAUGGCAGGUGAGGAAGGUGUAGAAGUGAGGAGGAGUGAGGGCCUACAAGGGAGAGCGCACAGCUGCUGCAGAGAUUCGGAGGCAGACAAGUUUGUCCAGAGGGGGACAGUUAAAAAGUGGCCAGUGUGGCUGGAGCGAGCUGGGGAGGGGAGGAGGGCAGGUCCACAUCCUAGGACCUGGUGGACUGGAGGAGCUAUCUCCUGCUCUUGGCAAAAUCACCCCAAAACUUAGCAGCUCACGAAAACAAACCGAUGGUCUCAGUCUCUGUGGACCAGGAAUGUGGGCACGGCUCAGCUGGUGACUCUGCCCCAAGUUCUCUCACGAGGCUGGAGCUGUGACCUCAACUGAGGCUCCCUUAGGGAGGAUUCCACUCCCUGCUCACUCCAAGUUAUGGACAGGAUUUCGUCUUGUGAGCUGUUGGAUUGGGGGCCUUCGUUCUUCUCUGUUUAUUAGAGUCCUUGGGUCAUUGUCACGUGGGCCUCAUAAGGCAGGUCAUAUAUCACAGCUGCUUCCCAGGGAGGAGGGAGAGGAGAUAACAGAGCAUUGUAAGAGCCAGGAGACAUUGCCCAAAUGGGAUCACUGAGUUAAAAUCGUCCAUCAGGCUUGUGCACCAGCCCUGGGCUCAGUGUAGCCGCUGUUCCUCCAUCCCCAGCUCUGGUACAGGCACCAGAUGAAGAGCCUGCUGGGGAGCCAGAUUCCUAUGCUGGGCCGUGUCCGGAACCCACUCCUGUACCACCUGGUGAGGUAGAUCCUGCUCCUGAACCAGCGUCGGAGCAGGAUUGACCACCAGGCCUUCCAUCACCGGCACCAGAAGGAGAGCUGACAAGAGGGAUGGAUUCCUAUCCUAGGCCACCUCCAGAGCGACUCCAGGACCACUGGCUGACAUCCAUCCUGCCCCUGCAGCCAACACCAGAGAUCAGUGUAGCCCCAGGUCCUCCAUCUCCAUUCGUCUGGUGCCUGGGCCAGAGAUGGAGAUAGAGGACCUGGAGCUACAUUGAGCCCUGUUGUUGGUGCAGGAGGAGGAUCUGGGAGUCUGCUGGAAAGCUGGAUUCUUAUCCACCUCCAGAAGGGGAUUCCCGACCACCUUGUGAGGCCGAUCUGCUCCUGUACCAACAGCAGCACUCCAUGUAGCUGCAGGUCUUCCAUCUUCGGCUCUGGCCCAGGCACCAGACCUUGAGCUUGCUGGAAAGCUGGAUUCUUAUCCCAGGUCAUCUUCAGAAUCAGCUCAUGGACCACCGGCUGAUGUUGAUCCUCUUCUUCAAGGAACCGGAGCUUGAUGGAGCCCCAGGCGCUCCAUCUCUGCUGUGGCCUGGGCAUUAGAGGCUGAGCCAGUUGCCCCACCUCUCUCUCAGCAGCUCCCCAUCCACAACAAGGGAGCAUCGGCUCCAGAACUGGACCCUUUUGACCCUGCCUUGAGUCGUUAUUGCUGUGGUUGAUCUGUAGUAUUUUUUCAGCUCUCUAUACUAGUUUA